AAGUGGGUUUUGGUUUGCAAACUUCCACCCACACCGUGCACUUUCUCACGGUAAUUGAGCGCUCUCAGUAGCACUUCAGUCUGAGUUCAUGAAGUCCUUCUGCUUUGUGAACUUAAAUUGUCUUCACAUAUUCCCAAGAGAAAAGUAACUGUCCUGGACUCAUCUUGUCUAUAAACAUUUGUCCUCAGAGAAAGUUUUUACGAGAUUGAUGUAAUUCACUGGACAAUGGAGAACUGCUGUGGUCUGCUGACUUCCCAGAAUAAACCAGUUCCUCUGAAGAGCAUUGAGGUGGAGCUGGAGGUGAAGGAUCAUGUGGCUACAGUGGUCUCCACUCUCCUCUACGAGAACAAGGAGGACAAACCACUAGAGGCUGUUUUUGUCUUUCCUCUGCCUGGAGAUGCUGCUGUCUGUCAUUUCAGUGCUAAGAUUGGACAGACACAGAUUGUAGCUGAGGUGAAGGAGAAAAAGGAGGCUCGUGAGGAUUAUGAUGAUGCACUGAGCUCUGGUCAGCAGGCCUUCCUGUUGGAGGAGAGUGAGCAGAGUCCAGAUAUAUUCUCUAUGAGUGUAGGCUGUCUUCCUCCAGGAGAGAGCGCCUCCAUCAGGCUGGAGUACGUCACUGAGCUGGCUGUGCAGGCUGAUGAUGGACUGAGGUUCUGUCUGCCUGCUGUGCUCAACCCUCGCUACCAACCUCAAGGCAGAGUAGGUAGUAGACAUUGGAAAGUCCUUGUGACCUCUGUCCCAGCCUCUCUGGUGCCCUACAGUCUGUCUUUUUCUGCCCGACUGUCCUCUCCUCGUCCAAUCUCUAAAGUAGAGUCCAGCUGUUCCUUGGAUCCUCUCCAGUACCUCAACACUGAUCAAACCCAGGCCACUAUCAAGUUGGCUGCAGGACACAAGUUUGACAGAGAUGUUGAACUGUUGAUUUAUUACAAAGACUCCCAUCAGCCCACUGCUGUGGUGGAGGCAGGACAGGCCUCUGCCAAGCCUGGAUCUCUGAUGGGUGAUCCAGUGGUGAUGGUGAGCCUGUACCCUGAGUUCCCUCAGUCUGUGAUGUCUUCAGUCGCCUCAUGUGGAGAGUUUGUGUUCUUACUGGAUCGAUCAGGGAGUAUGGAUAUGCAGAUGAGCAGCGCGAAUCAACAGACACGCAUUAGCAGUGCCAGGGAUACUCUGCUGCUUCUGUUGAAGAGCUUACCAAUGGGCUGCUAUUUCAACAUUUACAGUUUUGGAUCCAGCUAUGAACACAUCUUCCCUCAGAGUGUGGAGUACAACCAGAAGACCAUGGAGGAGGCUCUGAAGAAAGUUGAGAAGAUGGAGGCUAAUCUGGGGGGAACAGAGAUACUGGAGCCACUUCAACAUAUUUACAGACAACCCUGUAUUCCCAGUCAGCCGAGACAACUGUUUGUCUUUACUGAUGGAGAGGUGGAGAACACCAAAGAAGUCAUUGAUCUGGUAAAGAAGAAUUCAGGUUCCCACAGGUGUUUCUCUUUUGGGAUUGGGGAAGGGGCCAGCUCUGCUCUUAUCAAUGGCUUGGCCAAGGAGGGAGGAGGUCACGCUCAGUUCAUCACAGGAACUGACAGGAUGCAACCAAAAGUGAUGCAGUCACUGCGAUUUGCUCUACAGCCAACUGUGGAGGACAUCUCAGUCACAUGGGAUUUACCAAAGGGAGUGUCUGUCACUGUCCUCUCUCCACCAAUCACAGCUCUUUUCCAGGGUCAAAGGUCACUGGUUUAUGGCCAGCUCACUGGAAAGAGUUCAAAGACACCAAAGGGCUGUGUGAAAGUGAAGUACAGUCUGGCGGGUCGCCGCUCUAAGAACAAACUGUACUUCAGUCUCAAACCUGCAGGAGACACUGGAUUAACAGUCCACAGGUUGGCUGCUCACACUAUGAUUCGCACUCUGGAGACGAAGGAGAGAGAGGAUGGAGGAGUGAAGGAGAAGGUGGUGGAGCUCAGUGUCCAGUCAGGAGUGAGCAGUUCUUUCACUGCCUUCAUUGCUGUCAACAAAAGCUGUAGUGAAGCGAUUCAAGGACCUCUGGUGCGCAGAGACGUUCCAACACCUGUGAGCUGUGCAAGUUAUAUAUAUCUUGACUAUUGUGACUAUGCUGAACCUGAUGACUACGAUUAUGGGGGAUGCUUGGACAACAGUUACGACUAUUGUGACUAUGCUGAACCUGAUGACUAUGAAAACUCGGCAUGCUUGAACAACAGUGAAGACGAACCCGACUAUGGUGCUGCUCCAUAUGAACUUAAGUGCUACGAGGAGAAAGCCCCUGUGCCCCAGCAGCCUCAUAAAGACCCUCUGCUGCAGCUGAUCUCCCUCCAGAAGGCCUCUGGCUCCUGGCUGCUGGAUCCAGCUCUGGCUGCUGCACUGGGGAAGACCAGAGAGGAGGUGGAAAAGUCAAAACCUGCACAGGUCAAUGAGGAAGUGUGGGCCACCAUCCUGGCUCUGAUCUGGCUUCAUGGUUUCAAGAUGGAUUCAAAGGAAGAGUGGGAGCUUCUGGCUAUGAAGGCUGCGUCAUGGCUCAGUGCUCAGAACGCAGCAUGUGUACCAGAGUGUGUGGAAGCUGGAAAUGCACUGUUGGGUUGCAGCGUGCAGAAAGAUGCUCUGGGGCUCUGAGGGUUUCAUUAAAGUGGCUUCACCUUCAGGACUGUUAGACAGAAGCAGAUCUGCUCCACCAUACAUCCUUUACUUUAUCAUUACACCAUACUAUCUACUCAGUGAUAACUGAAUACAGAUCACUGGUCUUCUGAACUGGCUUAUUUGGGAUAUAUUAUUAGAGAAACAGAAUUUACAGAAACAUCCUUCACUAAGGCUUCACCAACCAAGUUUAAUUAGUACCUUUACUAGAAUAAGCCUCAGUGGUUUAAUUGUAGAUUUCAUACCAGCUCUUUCCAUUCCAUUUCCACAGUAGUAGUAAUUGUUUUAAUUAACACCACAUAACCAUAUUCUUUAAGAAGCAAAGGCCAAUAUCUAUGGAUUCCCUCUCAAGAGAAUAAACUAUAUUAAUCCUGUUCUAUAAUUCUGAAUACCAAGAAAUACUACUGCACACUCCCACGACACACUCUGAAGAUGGGCAACUACCAUGACAGCUGUCUAGUCCUGUUUUUUCCCACUAGAUGGAGAUAAAGGGUUUGUUACUAUCCACAUACAGUAACUCCACAAUUGAGAGUGAACUAUUAAAACCUUUUUAUCACAUGUAACCCUGCACUAGCCAUGCUGUAGUGCAGUGCAACUCUUCUGUGCUGUUUGAUGUGAGCUACGCUGCUACUGAGAUAAACUGUAGUCAAACCAGGGUGCAGCUUGAGAGGUUUUUAGACCAGACUGACCACAUUUAGUUGCAUUAGGUCCAGAGGAGAAAACAGUAAAUCCAAUACUGUCAGUUGUUCUCAUUCAUUUAGGUCUGUGGUCCCCUCUAUUUGUAUCUCACAAAAACUUUUUUUUUCCAGAGGGCGGGGCGAUCCUAUUAAUUUGAGGAAUUAUUUUAAUUCAGUUGCAAUUUAUAUAAAACAGCUGUGUAACACCCACACAUUUAAUAUUAGUUAUUAUUAUUUUUACUAUUUUAAGUACUGCUUUGUUUGCGGUUAUGAUAGCUUCGUUUGUAUGAGGGGGUGUGAGCUUCAACUUCAUAAAUUUCCUUUCUAUCUUUCCGAUCAGAGACUUCGCUGAAAAAACGUAGGUUUAGAUGAUGCCUUCCUUAAAACUCGGAAAAAUCAAAUUCCAACUCGGAAAUUUCCGAGUUCAUAGCGUACACUUUACUGGUUAAUUGAGGAGAAAACAUACGUUUUUUUCUUGUUUGUUUUUUUUUUUUUUUUUUUUUUUAUAUAUUGUCACAGUUUUCUGAACAAUAAAAUAU